AUGAGCACGACGGCAGACGAAGCGACAGCCUACUUUGAAAAGGAGAAAGAACGACACAUGCGACGGAUCGCACAGACUGUCGACGAGAUUCUGGUCACGCUCAAUGCCAUUAACCGCUCGCAGGAGAUUACCAUUGACCUUGCAAGGCAAAACCUGGGUGAAGACGGAGGAGCGAUGAACAUGUGGAUGCAUUUACGCGAGUUGGGCGUCCAGCGUGCACGAGAGCUCGCACCAGAGAUUGGAAUCGUCAGUCUAUCGCAAUCACAAUCGCAAACCAACGAACAGCCACUACGCUCCUCGACGAGCUCGAGACAUGAACAACCAGGUCCUGAUGCUUGA